GGGAGCUCAUGGGGGCCGAUGCGUUUGUGCGUAUUAAUGUUUACGGAGGCUGAAUUACCGUAGUCAGGAAAUGGCGGGUACCAGUUAACAACAGAAUUUGUACUUUUAGUAGAUUCAGUCUCAUGACUCUUUCUACAUUGGGUUAGGUCAUACUACCGGACGUGUUUUGCGAGGGAGGGCAUCAUGAGUGAAGUGACCAGAAUAUCUAAAAUAAUCCUCCAGGUUAUAUGCCAGUUAUUCUGGCUCUCUGCCCUCAUGGUUGGCCUGGGUGGUAUCUACCUGAUGCUGAACUACAGGCAAACUGGACUCCUCUUUCAGAACAUCGCCAUCAUCUUACCUGCCAUCCUGGCUCUGGUCAGCGCCGCUGUUCUGCUCAGCGCUGGGAUGAUCGGCUGCUGGGUGUCAAUCAGAGACAGUGCUGGGCUCCAGGCUCUGUUUGUCUAUCUGCUCCUUAUUGUGUUUUGCCUUCAGGCUACUGCAGCAACUUUGUCCUACGUGAAUAUUGGAAAGGUACAUUCAGAAUUUGAACCAUUUUGGAAUAAGUUUCAGAAGUACACUGGUCACAGUCAGGAUCCAGAUUCUAAUGCUGUAGAUGCCGUUCAAGAAAAGUUUCAGUGCUGUGGAGUCUAUAAUUACACCGACUGGCUUGACACCUCUUGGUUCAAUCGAACUGGAGCGAUUCAGGUGCCACACAGCUGCUGCAACACUACUUUCCAUAACUGCAAUGGAACCCUAGAACAGCCUGAAUUUCUUUAUCUAAAGGGAUGUCAGGUGAAACUGGAAGAUGCUUGGAUUUUUGUACUACACCUGAUCAUUUUUUCGUCGGGGGCGAUUGCUGCAGUUCUGAUUGUGGGCUUGAUCAGUGUGGCCAAACUGAUGAGGGACGAACCUUUGCAGGAGUACCAGGUGCUGGACAGAGACAUGAUAAGUUAGUGGUGUUUGAUGUCCAAUUCAGUUUCAUAUGUUUAUAAUUAAAAAAAAAAAAAAAAAAAAAAAGCCUUUCAUGUGUUGUAGUGGUCUCCUUUAGGUUCCUUAUGCAUUUUUAUUUUUCAUAAACGCCUAAAAAGGAAAGCAGGGAUAUCAACACAACAAGUGACCAUGAAUUGUUUUAGUAGCACUUCAGUCUUAAUUCUGAUUUAUUCAGUUAUAUUCAAAAUAUGAUUGGCUGUGUUUUUUGUGUAUAUGUGAAUUUCUCCAGCAAUAAUUGCUGCAGUUAUUUUAUAGGUUUUUUGACCAAUGUACGUAACAUGAGGUGCUUUUAAAAAAAAAAAAAAAAAAAAAAAAAAAAAAAUUUUGCAGUACCAGUGGAAAUUUUUUUUUUUUUUCCUUAUGGUCCAAUAUGGAUUUGAAGUGUCUGCAUGGGUGGGACAAAGGCUUCAGACAAUGGGGGUUUAGUUACUGUAUGUAUUCAGUCCACCUGAGAAGACUUUGUUGUAUAUCUGAAAUAUACACAGCAAUGGGACUAACACAUCAAAACCGUAUUUACAUCAACUGCAUAGUAAUGUCCAGAUGCAGUGUUUGUGCAAAAUUGUUGCUGAAUCUAUACAAUACUGAAGUUGCUUAUCACCUUGAACUUACUGAAGCACAGAUUGAAUUUGCUGUAAACACUGAAAAUAAGUUUUCUGCACUUGACAGGUAUAUUAUGAAUUACUUUGUUUCAAAAUAGUACAAUAAUCUUCUGUAAUUAGUGCAUAUGCAUGGUCAUGCCACUAUAAUAAUAUUGGUCACACCUUUUCAUGUAAAGUUAACUUUUACUCUCUAGUUAUGCCACUGAAAACUGCCAGACACUGGUAGCCAAAUAACCCAUUGCAAGUCUGCCUUAAUUAUGUAAUGAACAUCAAGGUCAUCUAAUGAAUGAAAACCUCCACAAUUUACAGUAAUGUGACAAUACUUUAUGUGGUUUUCACUGAAGUUACUGUAUGUGGAUUGUUUUGUAAUGUAACACCCUUUUUGUUCACAUUCUGUAAUUAAGGAUAUGAAUGCUGUGCAGAGACUUUUUGUGGGGUUUUUUUUUUUUUUUUUUUUUUCCCCCCCCCUCUUCCCAUACCCAUUUGCUAAGCAGCUGGCAACAAAUAUAAUUCUCUGUAUAAAUUUUCACUGAAUUAAAAAAAAAAAAAAGUGUCUUGCUAAUCACACAGAUUUUACGAAGUGCAAAGUUUUUAUUUUGUUGUACCAGUCUUUCUCCAUAGUCCACAACCAAAAUGCCUCCUGCACUGGUGUUCGUGUCUUCAAGGAGUCUGGCAGCCUUUGUGAUUCCUGAGCAUUGGCACAUGUCUGGUAUUGUUUGGCUAUCCACUGGAUCCCCUCUCAUGCUGGUUCAUCAUGGUUGCAUCUUUUUCCUGCUCAAAAUAAAUUUUA